AUGGCUGCAGCCAGAGUCUUGGCGGCCCUAGUGGACGAAUUGAAGCCCUGCCUCGCUCUUGUUCCUCUGAAUAGGACCGAGAUGAAAAUGAAGUCAGCAAUCACCGGUCUGCUGCGUCGCAUGGAGGAGCCACACAGUUGGAGCUUCGAAGAGGAGGACGAGGAUCUAUACGAAGAAGAUGAAGCGGAUAAUGAUUUUCCUGUGUGGUCGACGGCUUCUGGGCCGAUUACUGAUGAAAUACGCUUCGGGAAGAAUCUCAUCCCAGAGGCAGAGGUGAAAAAGGCCGUACAAUUCUUUCGCUCCCCAAAGAAAGGAAGUCGACCUCUGCACGUCAUGAACAAGUGCUUCCGCUGGAUAUCCAAUGAGCAUCACCUGACCACGCUCCGCGAAUACCAGAAGGGCAAGAAAAACUACUCGCUUGAAGCGCGCCGCAAGCAGCUGCUUGAUGUGUUAAAAGAGCAGGUGAAAGAUGGCAUGCAAAGAGGACUCCCUUGGUAUACAAAUGACGAGGGGUUGGCCGGAAAAAUCUACGAGCAAGUCCCACAUUCGGAAUGGCCGGGCACCUAUCGACGCCUGUUUGAAGCCCUUCCGCCCGGAUUCAUCUGGAACGGGCUUGGGCGA